AUGGAAACCGACGUUCCUACUAAGCCCCAGCGUGCUUCAGACGGAGGCUCAUCCAGCAAGUCGUUUGUUAACAUGGAUGCUUUGCAAGACGAAUGGAGCAUCUUCCCAUGGAACCAUUUUCCAGGUUAUACGAUUUCCGAGCGUGCUGGCAGGCAGACUUCGUGGGUCUGGCAGCAUGGUUUCGACAUUCAACCUAGCGAUUCUCCCACGAAAAGAAAAUGGAACAUCGAGAAUCAUCUGUUCAAAGAGCACAGGCUUGUCGAUCUGUCCGGGAAGAGGGCGCCCGCUCUUGGGAAAGGAACCAGGGACAAGACCCCGUCAAAGAAUAUUGUGGAGAUGUUGAACCUCAAUGCUUCAGACCCCAAAGAGCAAGGUAUCGCGAACGCCCUCAUCCAGCGCUUCGAUAAGGACCAUUUUCAGAGACUUCUUCUCGAGUGGGUGGUCGACGCCAACGUCUCCUUUCGCCAGCCCGAGCACUGUCGCCUCCGACAUAUUUUCGAAUACCUGAAUCCAUCGGUCGCAGUGACGAAUGCCCACAUCUCGCACGAUACCGUUCGAAAGCGAAUUGUUGACCUUUAUACCCGAUACAAGACGUGCGUAAUCGACAAUCUAAAGAGCACCCCGGGCCAAAUUCACAUUGCGUUCGACGGCUGGCGUUCCAGGAAUCGGCACGCUUUAUACGGGAUUAUAUGUUUUUACAUCGACAAGGAUGGAGUUCCAUCAAAGCUUGUCCUAGGCAUGCCGGAGCUGAAGAUCUCACACUCGGGAGAAAACAUUGCAGCCCAGAUCCUCGAGAUCCUAGAGAGCUAUGAGAUCCUCGACAAGGUGGGCUAUAUUACACUGGACAACGCUGGCAAUAUGGAUACGGCGACAGAGGAGAUUGCAGAGGCACUGGGCUUUGAUCCGAAGAAGCGGAGGGUGCGAUGCUUCGGCCACGUGCUCAACUUGGUGGUCAAGGCGCUAUUAUUUGGACACAAGGCCGACGCGUUUGAGGCAGAGAUUAACGGGAGCCUGUUCUUGACGCGGUCCAGCAUGAAAUCUGGCGAAAGAAAGGCCCAGUCGGAAAGCUCCACAACCUAG